UCUAGAAGUCAGCUAGUGGCUAGGAAGUAAGCAAGUAAGCAAGUAAGCAAAUAAGCCAGCCAGCCAGCCAGCUAGCCAGCGGGUGAGGCCGGACCCUCCAAGGAAUCAUCCAGUCAUCCCGUCAUCAUGGGCUUGAUCAUGGGCAGCCCAUGAGAACAAUCCGGACACUAGAGCACUCAACAACAAAACCGAAGCCCACGCCAUCCAUCCGCUAUUCAAACAUCCAUCCAUCCAUCCAUCCAAUUGAGUCAGUCCUCGGACAAACCUGACCUCUGGCAUAGCCGCAGUGGAACUAACUAUCUACCGCCAUCGUCCCAGCUCGUCCCAGGGAAGAGCCACGAACCCACGGGCUGGGGGCGGCUGAGGCCGUGGGCGGGGAAGCCUCCCUGCCUCCCUGGCUCCAUUCCAUGGCCAUAGUCUUCGUGGAUUAAAAAUUGAGGCGUUCCCAGAGGUGGAAUAAGGCGGGAUCCACCCUCUAAAUCACGUCUGCGGCUUAUCAUGGCGUCGGAGACGGGCACUGAGCCCGCAGCCCUUUUGUCGUCGUCGACGUCAUCUUCGUCCUCAGGUGAAGAAGAGGAUCUCGAAUACUACUAUUACAGUUAUAACGAGGACCUGGAGGACCCGGCCCACGGGCAGCUCAAUAAUAACGAGGACCCCGAAUUCUUUCAAUACGAUUGCCUGACCCGCGCCCAAACUGAAGAAUGGCUCCACAGUCUGGUGCAAGCCCUGGUUCAGAAAGCUCAGGCCAGUUUUCAUCUAGCUCAAUUGACCCUUCAACAAUCUCAAUGGUUCGAGGCCAAAGCGUGGGAGAAUCUACCCCGUUACCGUCUCCUAGUCUCACCCGUGGCCGGUCCACCUUCGCCCGCCCAUCCCGUCUCUCAGGUCGACCCACCUUGGCCGCCCACUUCUACGGCGUUGUCUUCCGCUCAUGAUCGCCGCUUGGAUGCGCUCCGCCCCGCCUCUCCAACUUGGUAUUGCCAGGUGUGCGCCACGGAACAAAAUGCCUCACGCUUCUCCUCGCUCCAAUGCGGUCACUCGUUUUGCGCCGCCUGUUGGGAGACCUACUUUGAGUGCCAAAUGGAUCAGGGACUAGCUUUGACCGUCUCGUGUAUGUCCAAUCAGUGUCAUUUACUGGCUCCACAGGAGUUUGUGAUGCGCCAUGUGCGCAAGCCCCACAUACAGGGCAAAUAUCGGGACGUUAUGUUCCAUGAAAAUGUCAGAAGCCAUCCUCAACUCCGGUUUUGUCCAGGUUUGAAUUGCUCAAUCCUCAUCCGGUGUGUUAAACCUCAAGCGAAGCGUUGCACUUGCUCGCUUUGUAAAACCGUGUUUUGCUUCAUUUGUGGCAGCCAUUACCACGCCCCGACCAAUUGCGAGACCAUUCGUCGAUGGCUGACUAAAUGUGCGGAUGAUAGCGAAACGGCCAAUUAUAUUUCCGCCCACACGAAAGACUGCCCAAAUUGUAAUAUCUGCAUAGAAAAAAAUGGGGGUUGCAAUCACAUGCAAUGCUAUAACUGCAAGCAUGAUUUUUGUUGGAUGUGCCUUGGUGAUUGGAGGAAUCAUGGUUCGGAAUACUAUGAAUGCUCGCGAUAUAAAGAGAACCCCAACAUUGCCCACGAAUCGGCUCACGCUCAAGCCCGGGAGGCUUUGAAGAAAUACCUCCAUUAUUUUGAGCGAUGGGAAAAUCAUUCGAAAAGCAUCAAGUUGGAGGCACAAACGACGGAAAAGAUCAAAAACCGCAUCAACGACAAAGUCAUGGGUGGAUCUGGUACUUGGAUUGAUUGGCAGUACUUACUAGAUGCGGCCGCCUUGCUGGCCAAAUGCCGAUAUACUCUUCAAUAUACGUACCCCUAUGCCUAUUACAUGGAGCCUUGUCCGAGAAAAGAGCUCUUUGAAUACCAACAAGCGCAGCUGGAGGCCGAGAUCGAGAACCUGAGUUGGAAAAUUGAGCACGCUGAGAGCACUGACCGAGGUGACCUAGAAAAUCAAAUUGACAUCGCCGAGAAACGCAGGUCCAGUUUGCUGAAGGAUUUUCUAGCCACUUGAUCUCAUCAUCGUGUCAACCUUAACCACGACGAAUACCAAAACUUGGAUCAUGUUAAAAACCUGCUCUAAUGACAAGACAGGCGUGAAUAAAUCAACGUUACAUUUUGUAAGAA